AUGAUGAACAAAGGUGAUCCAUUUGAACACAGCUUGAGACUCGAGGUUCCAUUUGAAAACAGCAGACAGGCCGAUGUGGCCAGAAAAGUUCUGCUGCCCGACCCAAUAAUGAAGCCCGAAGACUUUCACGUGAGAUAUUCAGCACAGGAUUCGAAGCUUGUUUGCGACUUCGAGAGCGUGGACGAACGUAUCCUGCGAGUAGGCGUCAACAGCGUCAUCGAAUCCAUCAAGACCAUUAUCGAGACGAUGGACGAGUUGUGCUAG